AAUGUGGGCCGCCGGCGCCGCACGGGUUCCUCGUCGCCCGGCCGCGGCUUCCGUCCGUCUCCGACGGUACCUGAGAGUGGGGGUGACCAUGGCAAAGAGCAAGUUCGAGUACGUGCGGAACUUCGAGGCGGACGACACCUGCCUACCUCACUGCUGGGUGGUCGUGCGGCUGGACGGCCGGAGCUUCCACCGGUUUGCUGAAAAACAUAACUUUGCCAAACCUAAUGACCCCCGAGCUCUCUGCCUGAUGAACAAAUGUGCCCAGACGGUCAUGGAAGAACUGGAGGAUAUUGUGAUGGCAUAUGGACAGAGCGAUGAGUACAGCUUUGUGUUCAGGAGGAAGACCAAUUGGUUUAAACGAAGAGCCAGUAAGUUCAUGACUCAUGUGGCCUCACAGUUUGCCUCCAGUUACGUGUUUUAUUGGCGGGAUUACUUUGAGGACCAGCAGCUUCUGUACCCCCCGGGCUUCGAUGGAAGAGUCGUGCUCUACCCAAACAACCAAACCUUAAAGGACUACCUCAGCUGGCGGCAGGCAGAUUGUCACAUCAAUAACCUUUAUAACACUGUUUUCUGGGCACUGAUACACAAGUCUGGACUCACGCCAGUACAAGCCCAAGAGAGACUCCAGGGAACUCUGGCAGCAGACAAACAUGAGAUCCUGUUUUCCGAGUUCCACAUCAACUACAAUAACGAGCCGCUGAUGUACAGGAAAGGGACCGUGUUGACGUGGCAGAAGGUGGAAGAAGUCACGACGAAGGAGGUGAAGCUGCCCACGGAGAUAGAAGGGCAGAAGAUGACGGUGAGCCGGGUCCGGGCCACGCCCCUGGCGCUGCACUGCGACAUCAUCGGCGACGCCUUCUGGAAGGAGCAUCCGGAGAUCCUGGAGGACGACAGCUGACCCAGGCCCGGCUGCCCGGCAGGCCUACCCAUGCAGGGCUCCCCACGGCACCCCCAAGUCUCCCUGCCUCCCCUCCCAGCCCGCCGCCGCCAGGAGUGACCUGCUGACACAACUCAGCACGGGGAGGCCCUGGGAGGAGACGGGCGGGCGGUGGCGGCGGCGGAUCUCGUUCUGCCCAAGCAGACGCCUUGCCUGCAAUGCUGGAUCAUGACUUUUUUUUUUUUUUUCAAAAAUGUGGUACUAUUUUUAUAAAGAAAGAUCUGUAUUCAUGCCUUUCAAGAUGAGUCGUUUUUAGAUUGUGGCAUCGAGUCAUAAAAAAACCCCAACUUGUCAGUGCUUUUCACCUGCCACAGAAGAGGAGCCCACACUCGGCUCUCACGAACAGGAGACUCCGUGACUGGCAGGCUCCCUCGGGACAGCUCGCAUCCAUCUCUGCCAGGCCCGAGGCACGG